UUGAUACGUUUGACGUAAAGAGGCCUCCGUGGCGGUCACGUGACUGUUGCCCUGUGCGGCUGUGCCAUAACAUCCAGCCGCUGGUGUCGAGUAGUCUGCUCAUCCUAGCUUAAAGUGUAACACCACAAGCUAGCAGGAACAGACAAUAAUGGAUUUCAACGUGAAGAAAUUUGCGAGCGAUGCAGGAGUGUUUUUCACGCGAGCUGUCCAGUUCACAGAGGAGAAGUUGGGCCAGGCGGAGAAGACUGAGUUGGACGCUCACUUCGAGAACCUGAUGAGCCGUGCAGACUGCACCAAACACUGGACUGAGAAAAUAUAUAGACAGACUGAGGUCCUGCUGCAGCCCAACCCAAUUGAUCACACCGGUGCCAGAAUUGAAGAGUUUCUCUAUGAAAAGUUGGACAGGAAGGCACCAUGCAGAAUUACCAAUGGAGAGCUGCUGGGUCAAUAUAUGCAGGAUGCAGCAAAGGAAUUUGGCCCUGGAACUCCUUAUGGGAGUACCUUGAUGGAGGUUGGGGAUUGUGAGAGAAGAUUAGGAGCAGCAGAGCGGGAGUUCUUCCAGACGUCAGCCAUCAGCUUUCUUACCCCCCUCAGGAACUUUCUGGAAGGAGACUGGAGGACCAUUUCAAAAGAACGGCGUCUUCUGGAGAAUCUUCGCCUGGACCUGGAUGCCUGUAAAACACGUGUGAAGAAGGCCAAGGUGGCUGAGGCUAAGGCUGCGUGCGAUGGUGAAAUGGCUCCAGAUUUUCAGGAGACCAGACCCCGCAACUAUGUGCUUUCUGCCAGUGCCUCUGCGCUCUGGAGUGAGGAAGUGGAAAAAGCUGAACACGAGCUCCGAGUGGCCCAAACAGAGUUUGACCGCCAAGCAGAGGUUACACGGCUGCUUUUGGAGGGCAUCAGUAGUACACAUGUGAACCACUUGCGCUGCCUGCAUGAGUUUGUGGAGGCCCAAGCCGCUUACUAUAAGCAGUGUCAUUUCCACAUGCAAGAACUCCAGAAAGAGCUGGCCAGUUGUGAUCAGGACGUGCUUCCCAAUGCAUUUGCGCUGAACUCCACUCACUCCAUAGCUACUGCGGGCUCUGCAUCAGAGGGCAUCAGCAGCCCUGUGGAGACAGACACACUGAAGAUUGAGGAAGUUCAGGCACCAGCGACAGGAACCCGCAAGGCCAAAGUCCUUUAUGAUUACGAUGCUGCUGACUCCAGUGAGCUCUCCCUUUUAGCUGAUGAGCUCAUUACAGUUUACACCGUGCCGGGAAUGGACUCUGACUGGCUGAUUGGAGAGAGAGGAAACCAGAAAGGAAAAGUGCCUGUCACAUACCUGGAGCUUCUCAGCUAAAGAACACACAUGCAUUGACACACACACACACACACACACACACACACACACACACACACACACACACACACACACACACACACACACGCAUGUGCAUGUGUGAGUACUACUGAAGCCAUGAGGAUAUUUCAUUCACUUCAUUAAAUUUCACACUCUUACACUAACCUGUAACCUUCAAUAGCACUCCUCCACAGUAAGCAUUAGCAAAGUUAAACACACACACACUCAUUCGUGUGCCUCUCAGAACACACUGAAGUAUAAUCACAUGACACUGACCGCAGUGAUAAUGGAGACAUUGUUACAAUGUGUGCAGAAAAAAUCCCUGUGGGGAAUAGUUAACAUUCCUUUUAGGUAUGUUUGGUGGAUUAUUAUUAUUAUUAUUAUGAUGAUGUUUUCUUAUUUAUUACAUAUUUAUUGUUGUACAUCCCAAUGGUUCAGGUAGACCUUUCUCACUGUCUUCAGAUGGAUUUCCAUUGAAAUAAUGUUACUUUGUUUAAAAAGAAAAGUGUCUUUAUUGUCUCUUGAAGCUGUCCAUGGAGUUUGUCUUCAGAAGGCAGCGGUACGGAUGAAACAAGCGUGCAAUAACCACACCUUGAUUCUCAAGGGUAGAUGACAAUUCUUAUCCUUCAAUUAUGUCAGUUAAGUACAGUUUAUCUCUGUAUGACAGAUACUCCUCAUUGAAGAAGUGAAAACAGACAUGGGCAAACGGAUCAUCAUGACCACAUCUUGACAGAUAUGUCAUUAUGUUCUGUUGCUGUUGCAUAACUAAAAAUAACGUACGACUGCUUCAUAGUUUUGCUGCAGAAAUGUGUUCUGUGUUAUUCCCCUUUCUUCCAAAACGACAUGAAUAGAUUUGCAUUUUCAUGGAUUUCUUUUUUAUUUUUUAUCAUUCUAUUAUCCUCAACUCUUUGGAAGCAGAUUUGCCUUAACUGUUAA